AUGGCACUGUACCUUGUUUGGACCCUGAUGGGCUUCAGUCUAAGUGCCCCUCCAGAUGAUAUGGGCCCUGCAGUAUAUGACCUGGAGAAUUAUUAUGACUCCGACACAUGGGAUCUACACACUUAUGGAGAGACAGAUGAUUUUGAUGACAUGGAUGAGGUUGGGACGCUGGCUCCUCCUCCAGCAGUCACCCAGCCACCUGCUUUAGUUCCUCCAGAGGACUAUGUGGAAGAAGUGACACUGCCUCCAUGUCCGUCAAAGUCACUUGUCCCUUCCACUCUAGACUUCCAUGGUCCGGGCCUGUUUGGGCCUGACACAGGCUUAGGGAUGCCCUCCUGCCUGCUGUGUGUGUGCAUCAGCGGCAGUGUGUACUGUGAUGACUCAGAUCUGACACAGAUUCCCCUUCUCCCCAGAGAAACCAAACACUUCUACGGUCGGUUCAACAAGAUCACAGAGGUCAGGGCCACAGACUUCAUCAAUCUCAAUCAGCUGAAACGGAUCGACCUCAGUGGUAACCACAUAGGUAAAGUGAACGAGGAUGCUUUUUGUUCACUGCUACAGCUUCAGGAUCUCAUGUUGGCUGACAACAACAUCUAUGCCCUUCCAGAACUCCCAGCUACCCUCAAGCACAUUGACGUUCGCAAUAACCAGCUGAGGAGUUCAGGCAUGCAUGCAGAGGCCUUUAAGGAGAUGAAGGAACUUCAGUUCCUGUACCUGUCAAACAACAAAUUAGACUACAUUCCUGUACCCCUACCUGAGAGUCUACGAGUGAUCCACCUGCAGAACAACAAUAUACAGAGCAUGAGCCAAGAUACCUUCUGCAACACCCAGAACAAAAACUACAUACGGAAAGCACUGGAGGACAUCAGGAUUGAUGGCAACCUUGUGGACAUCAAUCUUUAUGCCCAGGCUUAUAUCUGCUUACCGCGAACUCCAUCCUAG